AUAUUAAUAAAGGUUAAUAAAAGUUGUCUGUUUUCUGUGCCUUGGGCUUGCAAAUCUUUAUGCAAUAUAUUUAUGAGGUGAUACAAAGAAACACUAUGCAGACCAGGUUGAAGGUUUUGGGCAUACUACACUAAAACACAUACAACUCUUAAUACUCUUAAUAUCAUCAACACGUACACAAACACACAAACACAAAGUUACUAUGUUUACUCAAGUGUUUCCCAUUAGUGUAGAGAUUCUAAUUGAUAUGUGAUUGACAUCUACUGUAGAUGGGAGUGGAGCUGCAGAGGCGGUCUCUCUCUCCAGUGCUCUGUGCAGUGGUCUGGACCAUGCUCUCCUGUGGCAUCCUGCUGGCAUUCUGCUUCCUGCUCUUUACCCUGCGCUUCAAGAACAACAGGUACACACACAUACACUUACAGUGCCUUCGUAAAGUAUUCAACUCCCUUGACUUUUUCCAAAUUUUGUUGCGUUACAAAGUGGGAUUAUAAUGGAUUUAAUUGUAUUUUUUUUAUCAACGAUCUACACAAAAUACUUUAUACUCUAUAAUGUCAACCAAAAAAAUCUAAAACACUAAUAUACUGUAUCUUGAUUAUUGUAUUCAACCCCCUGAGUCAAAACAUAUUAGAAUCACCUUUGGCAGCAAUUACAGCUGUGAGUCUUUUGGGGUAAGUCUCUUAGAGCUUUGCACACCUGGAUUGUACAAUAUUUGCCUAUCAUUCUUGAAAAGAUUAUUCAAGCUCUGUCAAGUUAGUUGUUGAUCAUUGCUAGACAGACAUUUUCAAGUCUUCCCAUAGAUUUUCAAGCCAAUUUAAGUCAAAACUGUAACUAGGAACAUUCAAUGUCGUCUUGGUAAGCAAAUCCAAUGUAGAUUUGGCCUAGGUUAUUGUCCUGCUGAAAAGUGAAUUCGUCUUCCAGUGUCCGUUGGAAAGCAGACUGAACCAGGUUUUCCUCUAUGAUUUUGCCUGUGCUUAGCUCUAUUUCAUUUAUUUUUAUCCCAAAAAACUCCCUAGUCCUUGCUGAUGACAAGCAUACCCAUAAUAUGAAGAGUGGUAGUGAUGUGUUUUGUUAGAUUUGCAGCAGUUAUUUUGUACAGCAGGCGUCCCCAAUUACAUUCAACCGUGGGCUGAUUUUUGUGGAUGGUAGGGGGGCCAGAACAUAGUAAAAAAUAAUUUGUACACUGCAAAUUGACUGCAAGAAUCCCAAACAGACAGUAUUCAACAAAAACAGAAUCAUUUCAAACCUUGAUUAAAUUGGGAUAUGAUCACAUACACUACCGUUCAAAAGUUUGGGGUCACGUAGAAAUGUCCUUGUUUUCCAUGAAAACAUACAUGAAAUUAGUUUGAAUAGGAAAUAUACCAAAAUGAAUAGGAAAUGUAGUCAUUGACAAGGUUAGAAAUAAUGAUUUUUAAUUGAAAUAAUAAUUGUGUCCUUCAAACUUUGCUUUCGUCAAAGAAUCCUCCAUUUGCAGCAAUUACAGCCUUGCAGAUCUUUUACAUUCUAGUUGUCAAUUUGUUGAGGUAAUCUGAAGAGAUUUCACCCCAUGCUUCCUGAAGCACCUCCCACAAGUUGGAUUGGCUUGAUGGGCACUUCUUGCGUACCAUACGGUCAAGCUGCUCCCACAACAGCUCAAUAGGGUUUAGAUCCGGUGACUGUGCUGGCCACAGCUGACUGCUUCUUCCCUAAAUAGUUAUUGCAUAGUUUGGAGCUGUACUUUUAGUCAUUGUCCUGUUGUAGGAGGUAAUUGGCUCCAAUCAAGCGCUGUCCACAGGGUAUGGCAUGGCGUUGCAAAAUGGAGUGAUAGCCUUCCUUCUUCAAGAUCCCUUUUACCCUGUACAAAUCUCCCACUUUACCACCACCAAAGCACCCCCAGACCAUCACAUUGCCUCCACCAUGCUUGACAGAUGGCAUCAAGCACUCCUCCAGCAUCUUUUCAUUUGGUCUGCGUCUCACAAAUGUUAUUCUUUGUGAGCCGAACACCUCAAACUUAAAUUCGUCUGUCCAUAACACUUUUUCCCAAUCUUCCUCUUUCCAGUGUCUGUUUUCUUUUGCCCAUCUUAAUCUUUUCUUUUUAUUGGCCAGUCUGAGAUAUGGCUUUUUCUUUGCAACUCUGCCUAGAAGGUCAGCAUCCCGGAGUCGCCACUUCUCUGUUGACGUUGAGACUGGUGUUUUGCGGGUACUAUUUAAUGAAGCUGCCAGUUGAGGACCUGUGAGGAGUCUGUUUCUCAAACAAUUUCUCGCAUGGAAUUGCCUUCAUUUCUCAGAACAAGAGUAGACUGACGCGUUUCAGAAGAAAGUUAUUUGUUUCUGGCCAUUUUGCGCCUGUAAUCGAACCCACAAUUGCUGAUGCUCCAGAUACUCAACUAGUCUAAAGAAGGCCAGUUUUAUUGCUUCUUUAAACAGCACAACAGUUUUCAACUGUGCUAACAUAAUUGCAAAAGGGUUUUCUAAUGAUCAAUUAGCCUUUUAAAAUGAUAAACUUGGAUUAGCAAACACAACGUGCCAUUGGAACACAGGACUGAUGGUUGCUGAUAAUGGGCCUCUGUACACCUAUUGUCACGUCUCCUCCCGUUGCUCCCCUCCGGCGCUCUGAUUCGCCGGUCUACUGAGCCACCGGUCUGAGCACACCACCUUGGCAACACCGGAAUGGAAACCCAACGCACCCUAAUCACCUCCAGCGCACCUGCACCUCAUCAUCUCAUCACCACCCCAUAUAGCCCUGGACUGUUCAGUGUUGUGUUGUGUGUGAUUGUUAGUGUCAUGUCGUGUACUUGCUCUUUGUUGUUCUCUUGCUCAGUGUUAAGUAAACCUUUUACAUUGUUGAUUCCUGCGUCUGCAUCCUACCUCUUCGUAUCCUCAGUACUCGUCACACCUAUGUAGAUAUUCCAUAAAAAAUCAGCCGUUUCCAGCUUCAAAAACCAUUUACAACAUCAAGGUAAUGUUAUUUUAAUGGACCCAAAAAUUGCUUUUCUUUCGAAAACAAGGACAUUUCUAGGUGACCCCAAACUUUUGAACGGUAGUGUAUGUCUCUCUAUUUAUGCGUGGGAAUACUUGGUAACAGAUAUCCUAAAUUAAAAUCACUUUGAGCUGAUUUCCUGGUAAUAUAUAUAUAUAAAAUAAUUUACUCAAAACUUUGUGGGCCAAAUAAAAUCCCCUGAUGGCCGAAUUUGGCCUUUGGGCUGCCUAUUGGGAACCCUGCUGUACAGGCUUCCUUCUUUUCACACUGUCAUUCAGCUUUUCAUGUUUAAUUAAUUGUUUAAUGUCUAAAAACAAAAUUCCACUUUGACAUUAUGGGGUAUUGUGUGUAGAUUAGUGACACAAAAUAUGAAUUUAAAAUUCAGGCUGUAACACAACAAAAUGUGGAAAAAGUCAAUACUUUGAAUACUUUCUGAAGGCACUGUAAAAGCAUAUGCACAUGCUCAAAUCGAUGCGCAGACGUGAACAGUCUAAGCUUUGUGUUUGUUCCUCUCUCAGGAUAGUGAAGAUGUCUAGUCCUAACCUCAAUGUGCUGACUCUGUGUGGGAGUGUCCUCACCUACAGCAGUGGAUUCCUAUUCGCUUUUGAGGAACGCACCUACCUACAAGGGGGAGGAGCGAGAGCUAUACUACAGGUAAGAACAUACACACACACACGUUGCUCUGAUGAUGCCAUGCUGUGUGAUAUUAUGGGAAGUCCUGAUGUUAUUGUGGUGUAUCCUAGGCCAGGAUCUGGAUGUUUUGUAUCGGCAGCACUCUGGUAUUUGGGCCCAUCCUGGGGAAAACAUGGCGGCUCUACAGAGUAUUCACCCAACGCGUGCCUGACAAGAGAGUGGUAAGCAGGCUGCUGCUCUCACUGUCUCUCUGGUCGAAGUCUGUAGUAGAGUGGGUGUAUUGCACAGUGUAUUACUGAACUCUGUGUGUGUUUCAGAUCAUCAGAGACAUCCAGUUGAUGGGCUUGGUAGCUCUGUUGAUUCUGAUGGACCUGCUGGUUCUGACCGCCUGGAGUCUAACCGACCCGGUCAAAUGUGCACGGUCCAUUGGGGCUAUGGUCAAGGUGGUGGAGAGGGAAUUGUCCUACUCUCUGUCUCAGCUGGACUCCUGUUCCUCUCUCUAUUCAGACCUGUGGGUUAUCCUCCUCGCUCUGAUGAAGGUAAAACAUACAACUGGGAGAAAUGCUCAGAUAAACAUAAGAGAGCACAUCAUUUUAUGCCUGGUAUGGCAACUGCUCGGACUCCGACCGCAAGGCACUACAAAGGGUAGUGCGUACGGCCCAGUACAUCACUGGGGCCAAGCUUCCUGCCAUCCCGGACCUCUAUACCAGGCGGUGUCAGAGGAAGGCCCUAAAAAUUGUCAAAGACUCCAGCCACCAUAGUCAUAGACUGUAUUCUCUGCUACCGCACGGCAAGCGGUACCAGAGCGCCAAGUCUACCCCCAAACCAUAAGAGUCCUGAACAGCUAAUCAUGGCUAUCCGGACUAUUUGCAUUGAUCCCCACCCUACCCCACCCGCUCUUUUACGCUGCUGCUACUCUCUGUUUAUUAUCUAUGCAUAGUCACUUUAACUCUACCCACAUGUACAUAUUACCUCGACUAACCUGUGCCCCCGCACAUUGUCUCUGUACCGGUACCCCCUGUAUAUAGCCUCCCUACUGUUAUUUUAUUUGACUGCUACUCUUUAAUUUAAAAAAUGUAUUUUCUACUUAUCUACUUUUUUUACUUAACGCUUAUUUUUCUUAACUACAUUGUUGGUUAAGGGCUUGUAAGUAAGCAUUUCACUGUAAGGUCUACACCUGUUGUAUUCGGCGCAUGUGGCAAAUAAAAUUUGAUUUGAUUUAAUAGCUGUUUCCCCUGAGUUUGUGUUGGUUUGUCAUAGUAAACAUGUCAUGAACGUUAUGUGGUUAUGUUGCUGUCUCUCCAGGGUAGCAUGCUCCUGUAUGGGACCUACCUGGCCGGUCUGACCAGCAACGUCAGCCUCCCUCCGGUCAACCAGUCCCCCACCAUCAUGACCGCGGUCAGCCUGGUCACCCUUUCCACGGCGGUUGCAGUCCCUGUGUCGCGGUUCCUGCAGGCCUGGCCUAACGUGGUCUAUAGCGUGGUGGCUGGAGCCAUCUUCAUCUGUACCCUUGCCACCAACUGUAUGCUGUUUGUACCUCAGGUGAGAGAGACAGUUAGCGCACAUCACAAACAGACGGACAGACAGAAACCCCUGUAAUUUAUGACAGGCCCAAUUCGAGUGGCUACAUGGUUGUUUCCCAUACCUUACCGUAGUGUGUGUGUGUGUGUGUGUGUGUUAACAAGGUUGUGCGGCUCAUACAAACACACACAUUGCUCCAUGAGUCAACAUGCUGCAGCCUCUGCCAACGAGUUAAUGACUCCCCAUAAGUAACUGGUGGUGAGCUGAUGCUAUGAUACAGGAAUGCAUCCUGGAUGGAAAGAAAGGAGGCACUUGAACAAUGAGCAACACACACACCUGGAGAUUCAAGGGUAUGCUCAAAGACUGGCACAUUUGUCUGACAGUUAUCUGACUAUCCAUCAUAAUCCCCCUCUUCCUCUCCCCUCUUUCCCCUUUCCACCCCUCUUGCUCCCCUCUUCCCAGUUAACCCAGUGGCGUCGGUUUGAGGAGGAGCACAACAACCUUAGCCAGAUGGCGAAGUACUUCAGGAGCCCCAGUAAGAGUGUCCACUCUGUCUACAGCCAGGAUGAAGUCUACUAUCUACUGGGGGAGAACAACUCUAUGAAGAGGCUCCUCAAUGAGGUAGUCAGUGUGGAGGCUAUGUAUUAUUUUAACCCUCACUCGCCCCCUAAUGGUUAUAAAAGGUAGUGAAAUACUAUCCUUACUGACUAAAAUGGUCCUACAUGGUCCUGUACUCAGAAUAAUCUCUGUGACCCCUCAACACUAUAAUAUAUACCUAAACUUGUUUACUUUGUAUUCUGAAUACCCUUCUACUCAUCACUAACUUCACCUAUAACCUUUAACCCGACACCAAUCUUUAGGUUAACCUUUAACCUGACUCUUGUUGUUGAUGUUUUUGGUUUUGAAGGGGAUUUUAAAGUUUGUUGUUGUUAUUUUGGCAGAAGAAUGCUGUGAUUGAUAGUCUGCAAGAGCAGGUGAACAAUGCCAAAGACAAGCUACUGCGCCUCAUGUCCAUUACCCACCCCCGCGAGGACCAGGAAAUGGACUCUUCCACCACCAACCUCCACUCCUCCUCCACCCAGACCACAGUGGUGCAGUCCGACUGCUCUCCAACUCCCCUGCCACACAGGGACGUAGCAGAACCUACCCUCUCUUCUCCUCCCUUCUCGCCACCUCCUCUGUCUGCUCCUCCCACUACAUCUGCUCUCUGUAAACCUCCUUCUGAAUCACCCUCUGCUCCUCUCUCUACUCCUCCCCCUCCUGCCUUAUCUCUUCCCCCAGGGGAUUGUGUGAGUGUUAAACCGUGGAGUGUAGAGUUUGGCCCAUACAUCCAGGGUGCAGGGAUAAAGACAGAGGCAGGGGGGUGUAAGGUUGAGGGGACUGGGUCCCAGCAGCAGUAUGGAGGGGAAAGGUCUCACCUCCCAGUCUCCCCUCAGCCCUCUGUUUCUUCCAAGACAGGAGUCAGAACACCAGGGGAGAUGGCAGGGACACAAACCACACCCUCCUGUCAGUCAAACAAUGUCACUUCCUCUUCCCAUCUCUCCCCGGUGGGUUUGGCCCCUGUUCAGUCGGGACCCUCGGGUUGGCAUGGCGGUACCGCUUCGCCGUGGAUGGCAGGCGGCAGGCAGGCAGGGUUUGUGAGCAGUGAGCAGCUGCAGGAGAUACUCCAGGAACUGAGCGUGGACGCUGUCAUGGAAAUGGCCCUCCGCUCGCCCAAUCACAGCAGGGGGGUCAGGAGACCCUCUCAGCCCUCCUCGACCGAUCCCUCUGUCCUCUCUCCUCUCUCCCUCUGCACUCCGCGUUCCCCCAAUCCCCCUCUCCUCUUCCACUACCCCAGUAUCUCCCCCUACGUGAUGAGGAAACGCAGACCUCCAUUCCAUUCCCCCAGAGGGGGGCCUCCGCCCUGUUACUACCCAGGCUCCGAGCCUCCUGGCUGGGGAAGGAGGAGGGACGUGUGGCCCUCACAACCAGACAAGCACCCCUCAAAAACACAACCUCCUCUUGAUCCUGUCGCCACAGAGACCAAUCCUCUCCGCCCCGACGAAAGUAAUGGAGAAGAAGGGGAAGAGGCGUGGCAUAGGGUAACAAACAGGUGCGGGAGGCGUGGCUCAAGGCGGGAGCACCGGCCACCACCCCCUCGAAAAUGCCCUCCAGACGGUGAGAGGGGUGGUGAGGGAGGGCCAGACAGAGACCGUAGCAGGGACUCGUAUGGUUACUGGGACUCAGACUCCAGCAGCUCGGCUGACUACUGCUACUACCAUCGUCCCUACUGCGACGCCUGCUUGCAACACAACUCCUACCCCUCCAACGACAGCUCCUCCUCAGACUCCUCGGACAGUGAGUAUGGCGGCUUCACCAGCCUCUGCCGCUCCACACACCCGGUGGUCAACUUCAAGGAGGACCUCAAACCCACCUUCGUAUGAGCCUGUCUGGAACCUAGACUGAACCGGUGCUGCGGAAGAAUCAUUCAAGUCAAACUGUGUUGUAAUUUACUUUCAAUGGCCAGUUCACGGCAGAACAAUUGAGUUUACACACUGUUGUAACACUAUUGAGAAGUGGUAAAUUGAGCGUGAACUAAUGUAAAUGCUUGAAAAGCUUGCCUUGUACCCAUCCAAGAUGGCUAAUUGGAAGGCAAAACAUCUGAUUUUGCAUUCAAUGGUAAUGUAUCUUCCUUAUCUAUGUGUGGAGUACGAGUACCCUAGCAACACAUUACCUCACAGCAUUCACAUUACAGGCUUUUUAAUUGGUUGCAAGUGCUUUAGAAAUAGGACCAAGAUGGAGUGUGUUGUUCAAUGGGUCGAGUUUGCUGUAUGAUGUUUGGGAUCUGAUUUUAAUUUAUUGACUUUGUCUUUAACGUAUUGCACUGACUGCCAUUGUCUCUAUGUCAUGUUAAAUAAAAUAUAUAUUUGUAGCUAAAUAACAUAUAAUAUAGAUUGUUGCAUGUUACAAAAAAAGCACUGGAUUUUAUUGAUCUGUUACCACCUCUUUUAAUCCCCCAUACCUUGUAUGCAUUUAAUAGAGCCCCCCAGGGAUGGAGUGCAGGUUCACCAUGGUAAAGAAUAUUAUUGUAACCAAUUUGAAUGAG